AUGGCGGAAACCGAACUGGGGACUGGAAACAGUCCAUCACAUAGAUUAUCUGAAACUUCGAAUGCUUCGGGAAAUAGGAGUCAUCAACAAAGCAAGCAGAUAGCAUCGUACAAGUCAUCGAAACCAAAUGUCUUCAUAAGAUUUAUUAGAGCAAUAUUUGGGUAUAGAAAGACUUCUGUUACGUUAUUUGUAUUUAUAACAAUUAUUGCUACGUUAAUUUUAGUUGAAUUGAGCAAUAGUCUUGAUUUUUCUGUUAAGUUACCUACCAAUAAUUUGGAGAGAACUAUUUUAGAUAAUUCAUGGUUAGACUUGCAGAAGAUAGGCAAAGAAGAACAUCCUUAUACGUCUAAAGGGAAUGAUUAUGUUCACGAUUACCUUGAAGCAAAAAUUACGGAAUUGAUUGGGAAAAGUUUGUUUAUCGAAUGCGAUAACGAUGUGAAUUACACCAAUAAUAUCAUAUUCAAGACUGAAAACGACUUGUAUAAUCAAGUGACAUAUUACGAAAGUAAUAAUUUGUUGGUGAGAAUAAAUGGUAGCGAUAGCAGUUUGCCGGCGUUGUUAGUUAGCGCACAUUUUGAUUCAGUUCCUUCUAGUUUUGGUGUAACUGAUGAUGGUAUGGGUAUUGCGUCGUUGUUGGGAAUACUUAAUUAUUAUAGCUCAGAUGGCAUUGAUCAGCCAAUGCGUACUAUUAUCUUGAAUUUUAACAAUAAUGAAGAAUUUGGUUUAAUGGGUGCUACGUCGUUCUUGCAUCAUCCGUGGUUUAAACAAGUGAGAUACUUUUUGAAUUUAGAAGGUACAGGAGCAGGCGGUAAAGCAGUGUUGUUCAGGGGCACUGAUUAUGGUAUUGUUAAAUAUUUUAAGCAUGUGAGAUACCCAUUCGGAACAUCUUUAUUCCAACAGGGAUUUAAUAAUCAUCUCAUCCAUAGUGAAACCGAUUAUAAGAUUUAUAAAGAAAAUGGCGGAAUAAGAGGGAUUGACUUGGCAUUUUAUAAGCCUAGAGAUAUAUAUCAUACUGCAAGUGAUAGUAUUAAAAAUAUCGACAUUAAAUCGUUGUGGCACAUGUUAUCAAAUUCGUUGGAUUUUGUGGAAAUUGUUUCCUCCCAACGUAUUGAUUUGGAUGACGAGGAUACAUCCCCAGAAUCUGAUGAAAAAAGCCGUGAAUUUGCUAUCUUCUCGAGUUUCUUCAAUUGGUUCUUUGUUAUUCCUGCUUCACAGUUGGUACUUAUCAAUGUUACGUGCUUGGCUGUUAUUCCAUUAAUAAGUUUGCCACUCUUAGUCAUUAUUUUUAACUACAAAAAGAAUUGGCACAUUGGCUUUAUUAAUGCGAUUAAAUUCCCUGUAUCCCUUGUGCUUUCCAUUUGUAUUUUGAAUAUCAUUACUCACAACGUGAUUGCGUCAAUUAAUGAGUUUUUACCAAAUUCUUCAUAUGAUUCGAUUGUGUCUACUUUAUAUUCGUUGUUUUUGUUGCUAAAUUACUUAUUUUUGAAUGGUAUCAACUUUAUCUUCAAAGGAUAUAAGGGGUUAUAUCAUGAUGAAAAAUUGAUCUUAAUAAUCCAAACUUCGUUUAUUUAUUGGGUUUUAUUGAUAGUUUCAACAAAUAAGCUUUCAAAAAAUAAAAUUGGAAAUGACCAUACUGGAGAGUUUCCAUUAAUUAUGUUAUUCUUAUUACAGUCUAUUGGUGCAUUAUUUGGCUUAUUUAGCUGGUCUUUCAAAAAAACUACGCCUGAUGAACUUAGAAAUAAUGAUGAUGAAGCUUGUCAAGCUUUGCUUUCUCGCGAAGAACAUAACAACUAUGGUUCAAAUGAAGCAGAAUUAGAAUCAGGAGAACCUAUACUGUCAAAUUCAUCAGUAUCUUUAAAUUCCUCGCUGUCACAAGUCACAAAUAAUCUAGUGAAAAAUUUGCGUAAGUCAUUCAGUUAUGACUGGUCUAUUCAGUAUGUUGUCAUCGUUCCAUUAUCUUCAUUAAUUGUUUAUAACACCGGAUCGCUAUUGUUGAGCGGUUUGAAUAAAUCGAUUCAAGAAUCACUUAACGCAGAGAAGUUGAUUUUUGAUCUAAUUCAAUUAGUUGCAGUAACAUUAGCAAUACCAUUCUUACCGUUUAUUUUCAAGAUCAAUAGGCUCUUGGUAACAGCAUUAGUCUUAGUUUUUUGUCUGGGAUUUAUUAGCAUAUUUUUAAAAUCCCCAUUUGAUCAAUUGAAUCCCUUGAAAUUAAGAUUUGUUCAGUCAAUUAAUUUGGAUGAAUCUUCAGAUAUAAGUGUUGUUAAUGUUUUUGGAAGAUACGGAUCUCCAAUGAAUAAUGUUUUGCUUGAUCUACCAUCUCUUAAAGAAACUAAUGAAUCCUUAGAGUGUAAUAACUUACAAGAUGGUAUGCAGUUAUGUUCAUAUAAGACUUUGUUGCUGCCUAAUUUAUCGCCUGAUGUAACUGAUUUUAAUGACUAUUUAGACGUACAAGUUUUGAAAAAUUCUUCCUCCGACUACCCUUAUGGCUUAUUAUCAGGGGAGAUAAAAAUUAAUGUACCAGAAAAUAGAGUUUGUCGCUUGUCUUUCAAUAAUUCAAACUUCGAGAAUUCAAAACAAAGCCUAGUCAGAACCAUCUUAGUAUAUGAAGACAAUAAUUAUGAGAACUCAUCGAACAAGUUGUUUCCGUUCGAAGUAUCUGAAUUUCAACUAGCUAAUCUUCCAGAAGGUUUCUCCAGAGAUAAAAAGGGUACAUACAUUUAUAAAAAUUUGAAUGGAAUCGAUAAACUAGAAUUAAACAAAUUGUCUUGGGAUAAGCCUUAUCAUGUUGGAUUCCAAUGGAUGCCUAAAUUCGUGGAUUCUGUUCUGGCUGAAAAUGAAAAUACCAAUGUUCCAUAUACGACAGAUUUUAACAAUUUAGGAAUACAGGUUGAAUGUUUUUGGGGUAAUUUAGGUUACGCCAACAAUGAGAAUAAAUCAGAGGAUGAAAGAAUCCCUGCCUAUGGUGAAGUAUUGCACUACAGUCCCAAUUAUGUUAGCUGGGCUAAUAAAGAAAGUGGUUUGGUCUCUGUUCUGAAAUACGUUGAAAUAUAA